AUGGAUUCUGAUGAAGAUUUGGAGACAUUACUAGAUAAUACGACUGAGAAAGAGGAAGUUCAAGAAAGACUUGCAAAGGAAAAAAAAUCUUUACCUAAACAAAGUCCUAAAAACCAGCAAACUGAAGAUGACCUGUAUGAUGAAAGAAUACAAACAGAAGCCCAAGAACAAACUCCACAGAAAGUUGUGGCUGAAGUAGAAGAACAAGAUACAUUAACUGAAGCAUUGCGGGACAGAGUAAAAGAAAAGCUGAAAACUGUCAAGAAAGAAGUACCUUUAGAUGAGGGUUUUGAAUUUUUUACAUCAACUUUUGAAGACCACUCCAAUAUGAAAGAACUUGAUACAAAUGUUGGACAGAAAUCAACAGAAGGCUGCCUUCAAAACAUCUGUAGCUUAAAUGAGCAAACUCCACUGCUUGUCCAUGUGAAAGAAAUGUUGACAGAAUUACUUGAAGUAAAAUCUCCUGCCUGUAAUUUCAAUAAAGUAGACAAGGAAAAGGGAUGGAACCAACUCUUUAUUCUAAACACAUCACCAGUUAUACAUAGCUGUAAGCUACCAAGCAAUAUGUUGCCACGACUCCUAGAAGAAGAAGGAUUUUACAUUCCAAGAAAGCCUUAUAUUCCUAGGAAGAUGUACCACAAAAUGGAAAAUCGCCUUCAGCGAGAACGGGCAAAAGGUUGGUUUGAAGAAAGUGGGGAAAUAAUAUCAUUACCUUCUCCAAUCAAGCAAUCAAGCCAUCAUAUAGCGUCUUUCCCUGUUAAGACUGCCACAGAAUUAAAGACAAUAUACAGAAAGGCAACGCAAGCAGAGUUGGAAAAUUGUACCAAGUUUGAUGUCUGUGAAAUGUAUCAACUAGAUCUUAACAUAUCAAGUAUUGUCUUCAGUCAUCAUUCUCUUUUUAACUGUGAGCAAGUGUUGGCUGUUAAGUUGCUUGAUAUUUAUGAAUGUUUUCAGAAAAGACAAGAGCAAAAUGUUACUAACUUGCUUUCUGAAAAAUUAAAAGCCUUAAUAAGUGCAACAAAACUAGCAAAAACAAAUUUAAAAACAGGCCAGUUGAGUACAAACACUGUAAAGGAUUACAGAUCACAAAUAAGAAAUACUAAAAUAUUAUAUCACAAAGAACAACAACGAGACUAUUCUUUAAUACAAAGUAUGCUGAAAGUGUGGAAACAGAUGAAGACUUUACGCAAACAACAAGGCUUUACCAGUACAACUAUAAAGAUUCAAUUUCAAAGGCAAACUCAUAAUUCUGAAUUGGAUGAAUAUCUAGCUAAAAUAUCAGAAGAUGAUGAAAAAGAGGAUUCUUUGGACUCAGUUUGUACCUCUCAACCUGUAACAGACCUUACCGAAGGAAAGAAACCAUUUUUCAUCCCUCAUAUGACCUUUAUAUCAGAAAUAACACCAGCAAAAUUAUGCCCACUGUUGCAAGUCACUCAAAACAGAAGAGAAAAGGUCAAAAUGGAGAAAUAUUUUAUUAAAAUAUAUUACAAUAAUAAAUUGGUCUCUUGUACUCCAGAGUUCCCUCUUCGUGAUGAUUUUAAAGUUAUACUUCAACAACAUUUUAGAAUUCAGAUUUUAAACUGGUCUGAAUCCCUUCAACUAGAGAUUAUGGAAUCAAAUAAAAACAUGUUGCUGGCCAAAGUGUACUUACCUCUUCCUAAUAACUGUAUUUUGAAAAGCAAGGAUGUUUUGGAUGAAGUAGAGUUUAGCUGUGAACAGCAAGUUAAACCUUCAGAUGGAGCAGUGGGAAGCAAUGUUCCUUUUUUUCUUGGUGAAAAUCAAACAGAAGAAUUAUGCAUUAUGACAUCAGGAAAAUUAAUGUAUUCUUUAUCUUGGACAGUUAGUGACAAGGGAAUUCCUUUGGCUCCUACUAUUCAACAAGCAUAUAUUUCUUCCAACAGUGUACCAAGGAACAUCAGUUCAGGAAAAGGGACAGGAAUUUGGUGGCAUUCUGAUAUCCAAAAACUAAUUGACUGGGCAAAAGACAUAAGUAUCGACCCGAAUGAUCCUUACUACUCAGAUUUGUUUGAAUUAAUUAUGUAUGCACAAUCUCAGGAGAAAAGUGAUUCAAAACAUUUUCGCCUUGAACAACUGCAAGAAUUUAACUUUGUUAUUGCUGAAGAUAUUCAAAAUUGCAAACGUUUCCGGCUAUUACAGCUUAGGAAUUUAGGACAGUUAGGCUUCUACUGUUUUCAGCAAAUUCCUCUCUUUGACAAAGAAAUUCCAGACACAAUUUUUCAGGAACAUGGAGGCCAAUUGAAAAAGGACAUGUGUAUGACAGAUAUGGAUCCUAUUUCUGCACAAAGAAAUAGUUCUGCCAACUUUGUUAAGAUGAUGCGAAAUCAAGUUGGAAAACAAAUUUUGACCAUUAGGCACAAAUUUAAUUUAUCAGAUCUUGUGAGUGAUUAUGAAGAAAUUAUAUCAAUGAGCCAAUUGAGUAAUGCAAUUUUCAAGCUAAGUGAACGCAGAAGACAUCUGAAACCACAAAGGAAAGAGAGACGAAAGGUUGCAGCCCAGGCAGUCUCGGAUGGAGAUGUUAAGCUUCUUAUCAGAAUAUUGAGAGCAUACAAUAUUCCUGCAAGAAAGGCAUCAGCAUCUAAAGUUGCAGUUACUUAUUCACCAUCAUACUUACCAAAUCGCAUGUCCCGAGGCAGACAUAUUUCAUUAGGUAGUUCAGCCUAUGCUGCCGAUCUUCUCUCCGAGGUCUGGUUUAACAUUCAACAAAACAAUUCACCAAUGUGCACCAGUUUUGACAUUUCAAAGGAAAGCUUUUGGAAACAAUUACUUCCAUACAAUUUCCAGAAUUCAAAAACACAAACAGUGCAGCCAGAACAAAUAUUUUAUGUUGCAACGGAUGGAAGUUUGGUAGAUGAGUUACAAAAUAGAAUUGAAAGAACAUUAAAAAAUAAAAUAAUGGAGUGGCGAUCUCAUCUUCCAACUCGAUGGCAUCGACAGUGUACUAGUGUUUUAAGACAAAUUCUUCCUAAGCUUGAGCUUAGAAGUGGACAUAUAACCAAAGAAAAAGAAGAAAGUUAUUUGGAAGCUUUUCAAGAGCAUUACUGGGUUACAGGAUUUCCUUUACAGAUGCCAUACCUAGAUAUCCCGUCAAUAACUGAGGCAGUUUAUCAGACAGGAAUUCAUUCUUCAGAAAUUCCCUAUACAGAAUUUGCUCUUGCUGUAUAUAUUCAUCCUUAUCCAAAUAAGAUUUUAUCUGUUUGGAUCUACUUAGUAUCUUUGGUUUGUCAUCAGUAAGUAGCAGUAACUGACAAACCUCUUUAGAAAUUACGCAGUGCAUCUGUGAAAUUGGUAUUUGUGGUUUCUGAAUUGUUGUUGUAGACAAGA